CCCCAGACAGAAGGCAAAACAAACGUCCCCCGCUCCAGCAAUAUUAAACGUGUAAAAAAAACUGCUACUGCUGCUGCUGCUGGACAAUGACAGAGAAAACCCCUGCCAUGAUGGACUACAGCUUGGGCAUGGCCAUGCGCCACCUGUCCACGUCGCUGUGUCCGUGCAGAAAGUGCAGGGAGCGGCGCAUGCAUCGGGGCAGAGCGCAGGCGGGCAGCGGACGAAGCAGCCCCGAGGAGCGUGAGUACGGCUGCAGGCACACGAGCUUCAGCAGCCUGCCGUUGUGCAGUCUAAUGCCUGAGGUGCCGGACGACAUUGGCUUCGGUUUCAGAGAGCUCAACUUCAGAGCCACAGAGAGUAGAAUCGCUUCCGCCGGCAGCCUAAUGAUUGGAGGUAGCAGCAGCUUUCUAGGUGGCCGGAGUUUCGUACAGUUUGAUGAUGUCCUAGCUGCUGGCAACAACAGCAACAACAACAGCAACAACAACAACAACAACAACAACACGCUUCGCGGACCCGUGGGCAUUGAUUUCUUUAAAAACGAAACCAUCAACCUCGCCCUCACCUUACUCAUUGAGAUUUUUGGCGUACUUGUUUUCUUUGCUGUCUGCACAAUCAGCUUCUGGAUCACAUUGGGCUAUUAUGUUGUGAAGCUAUUGGUGGACUUGAAGAAUGCAGACAAGCGCGUGAAGACGGCAGUGGCCAUAGUAGUUGGCCUCCUAAUGAUUGCCUUUCUGGUGACGCUGGUCACGAAUCGUGAGGGUGGCUUCUGCUGCCGUGGCAGGAGUCGUGCCAAGGCCAGGAGCAGGUGGAGCCUCAACUGUUGUCCCCGGCUCAGGGGUUUGCUCAAUGUCAAAGCAAAGGUUGUGGCAGUGCCGGCAUGCCCCAAGCUAAAGCCACCAGCAUGUCCAGCAUGUCCAGCAGCGUCGCCAAAGACCACCAGCGUCCGCCAGCCAAAGGUGUGCAAACAAAAGGUGAAAUCAGUGCCAAUCAAGAGCGACAGGAAGCCCAUCAAAUGCUGGCUGGGCAAAUGCAACAUCGAGCCAACCUCAGGGCCAACAAAAGCUCGCUACACGGACAAGCAGGUACGAGCCAUUUACACAAACUCCAAGCGGUAUGCCAUACCCUGUGAGAUGAAGCAGCCGCCGAUGGUGGUUGUCUGGAUACGGGAACUAAUUGCACGCCUCAUGGGCUAAUAACAACAGGGAUCGCAGGUUUCACGGAAGCAAACGGAACAAAUCAAAAUUUUUAAG